GCAGUCCAGGCUGGCCUUGAGCUCACUUUGUAGCCUAGGCUAAUCUCAAACUCGCAUAGAUCCUCCUGCCUCAGCCUCCCAAGUGCUGGGAUUACAGGCGUGAGCCACCACACCUGCCUUGUAAUUGUACUUGUUGAGCACAAAAACAAUACAGCAAGUUCAUUCUAAAAAUUCACUGUAAAUCAAUCAGGGUUUACUAAGUAUAUCAAAAUAGGCUUAAUUUUUUUUUGUUUUUAUUCAUACUCUUGUUUAAUGAGUACUAGUGACCGUUUACAUGGACCCAGUUUGAUACACCAUUUUCAUAUCCAGUACACCCUGUGGCUCUGCGCUUCAGUAUGUUAUUGGUAGUGGUAACAGCUGUUACCACUAGAUGGCUCUCUCUGCACGUAUGAGCAAAAGGCUUACAGUGCUGCGACUGUAUUUUGAAGUUUCUCUGUACAUCUUACUAAAAAUGCAUUUUAAUUGGAUUAAACAUAAUGACCUAUGUCAGAUUGGAAUAUGCAUUUUAGAGCUGGUAAAGAAAUUCACGGUAGAUUCAUUCUAGUGGCAUUGAUGGUUUGUCUUCAACAAGAAAAGACUCUUAAGGGGUAGGGGGGAAAGGACGGAUGGACCCUGAAGUGCCACAUGCCUAUUGUCAGCAUUUUUGACAUUCUUUAAAGUUUAUCAAAUUAAAUUAUAUUCCUUCAUUUUAUUGGAGGUAAAGUUAUUAGCCACAUUAAGAAACAAGUUUUUGUUUUUUUUUUAAUCACUACCCCUUUGCCCAGUGCUCUUGAAGUCUGGUACUUUAUCUGUGAGGGUUCAGUGUGCAGACGUGGAGCGGCUCAGCUGGGGGCCUGGUAUGGAGCUGUGGGCUCCAGGCCAGUUGUGUUGCUAACGCAAAAAUUGAGCUCCCGGAAGAGUUAGAAUUAUUCCAUUCUGAAGUGAAUGACUCUUUUCAGUGAGAAUCAGAAAUGGUUGCUGUGUUUUGAUAUUUUUUGUUAAAGUUUUACCAGUUUUCUUAGAAAGUCAGAGCAUCUUAGAUCUGGGUCUUGCUUGAUCUUGUGUGCAGUUUCUUCUCAUUGAUUACCAGUCUUAUUAGAUCCUUUGGACUCUUACAGUAUAUUGCUGUUUGUGUUAAUAUGAAGAGAGAAAAAUCAGAGCUAAUAUUUCCUACUUGAAUGGUUCAUGUUUUGCGUAUAAGAAAGAAGAGAAAUAGAAGGGAAAUGAUGUAUCAUUAAAUUUGUGUUACUGUAAAUACUCAAGAAGAUGUACUAAAUGACACAGGAUGUAGUAGGAUGCUCACACCUGUAUGUAAAGUCUACAUAAAGUCAUUUGCACUCAGCCAUCCUCUAUGAAAUGCUGUAGUAUGGCUUCCUAAUCUUUAAUGCCUAAGAUACCUUCAUAAAUACACAGAAGGCCCACUAGGGGGCAGCACAGUCUCCAUUAAGACCCACUGAUUCCUGAGUAUCCAGAUGGAGUUAUCUACUGCACAGCUGUCCUGCCAUGGAGUUUUAAGAUCAGAGGAACUGAUGUACCCUACGUGCUGAAAUGAUAUGUUUUGAAUAAGGCAGUUGGAGAAAUCGAUUUGGUCAGCUGCUUCACUGUUUUAUUUCAGUGCUAAUAAAUAUUUGUUUAUAUUUUUCUUUUAGAUUCUCAGAAGUGGAAUCAUGGGACUGUAGGCUUGAACACUCUUAAUUUUUGUUACAUUUGUUGAAACGAUUUAAAACUGAUCUUUUUGUAUUGCUACUCAGCAUACUUGAGAUGUCAGUGUAUGAAGAUGUCCCUGGUAGAUUUGGGAAAGAAGCUUUUAGAAGCGGCACGAGCAGGUCAAGAUGAUGAAGUUCGUAUUUUGAUGGCAAAUGGAGCUCCUUUCACCACAGACUGGCUGGGAACAUCUCCACUGCACCUGGCAGCGCAGUAUGGCCACUACUCCACCACAGAGGUGCUCCUGCGAGCCGGCGUGAGCAGGGAUGCCAGGACCAAAGUGGACCGGACGCCCCUGCACAUGGCGGCCUCUGAGGGCCAUGCCAGCAUCGUGGAGGUCUUGCUUAAGCAUGGUGCUGACGUCAAUGCAAAAGAUAUGUUAAAGAUGACAGCUCUACAUUGGGCCACGGAACACAAUCAUCAAGAAGUGGUGGAACUUUUAAUCAAAUAUGGUGCUGAUGUACACACGCAGAGUAAAUUUUGUAAAACUGCAUUUGAUAUUUCAAUAGACAAUGGAAAUGAAGAUUUAGCAGAGAUACUACAGAUUGCUAUGCAGAACCAAAUCAACACCAACCCAGAGAGCCCUGACACUGUGACGAUACACGCCGCGACACCGCAGUUUAUCAUCGGACCUGGAGGGGUGGUGAACCUAACAGGUCUGGUAUCUUCAGAAAAUUCAUCCAAGGCAACAGAUGAAACGGGUGUGUCUGCUGUCCAGUUUGGAAACUCCUCUACAUCAGUAUUAGCUACAUUAGCUGCCUUAGCUGAAGCUUCUGCUCCGCUGUCCAGUUCUUCAGAAACUCCAGUGGCCACGGAGGAGGUGGUUACAGCAGAGUCCGUGGAUGGUGCAAUUCAGCAAGUAGUCAGCUCAGGGGGUCAGCAAGUCAUCACCAUAGUUACAGAUGGGAUCCAGCUCGGAAACCUGCACUCUAUUCCCACCAGUGGGAUAGGCCAGCCCAUCAUUGUGACCAUGCCUGAUGGACAGCAAGUGUUAACAGUGCCUGCGACGGACAUCGCUGAAGAAACCGUUAUAAGUGAGGAGCCACCGGCUAAGAGACAGUGUAUUGAGAUAAUUGAAAACCGGGUGGAAUCUGCAGAAAUAGAAGAGAGAGAAGCUCUUCAGAAACAACUGGAUGAAGCGAAUCGAGAAGCACAGAAAUACCGACAGCAACUUCUUAAGAAAGAGCAGGAAGCGGAGGCCUACAGACAGAAGCUGGAAGCUAUGACUCGGCUGCAGACUAACAAAGAAGCUGUCUGAUAGAGACAGACUUGUGACUGGAUCUUACUGUGGGUCAGGAAAGAACGCAGCUUCGAACUGCACACGUGGUGCAGCCGUGGGAGUACAGGAGGGGAGGAGACCCCCCAAGCGACAGUUGGACUGAAGCUCUGAGCUUUGAAUUCUUGUAACAUAAAACUUUAGAAGUUGUGAAAUGUAUUUAAAACUCAAUUCUGUAAAUAGGUUUUUUCUUUUUCUUUUUUUUUUUUUUUUAUAGUUCCAAAUGAGUUGGUAAAGAUUGUUGAUGAAAUCCGAAGCCACAAUAAGCCACUGUUAUUGUGAGUUCUUUUGAUUUUAGUAUGAACAUUAUCUUCUCAGAAACAGGACAGUUUUAAGGGUGAUCGCUGUUGGUUAGACCAGAUGUUGCGUCAUAAUUAUGGUGGACUGAUGCUGGGAUUACUCUUGCAGGUAUAAACUUCCGUAUGGAGAGAAGAUUUCUCACAGGAAAUCUUUGUGCAGCUUUAAGUUGUCUCAGAUUCUCUGAAAACAUUUUUUAGAAAGCAGAACUUUUAUAUUUGUUCAAUUUCUGCUAUACCCAAGUAGAGUAAAUGUAUAUGAAGCAAAUAUUUUUAAAUCUUCUGUUUGUACAUAUUCUGCAUGUUUUAUAAUUUCAAAAUGCAUCACUUGCAUAGAUAUUUUUCCCACAAAGAUGAUGAAAGUUAGCAGAAAUAAACCUUUUAUUCUGUAGGUUAUUGAAACCAAGUAAGCUGUCAGCUGGUUUUAUUGGAAUGACAAUGUUCUUGGAAGGAGCAGCUUACAAGAGAACUUGAAUUUCAAAGUCUGUGAGAUCUAUGCUUUUUUGAAAAUUUCAUUGUGGGGACGUGAAACUGUAUUCUGUGCCUUCCAUCAUGAUUUCCACAUGAAAGCACUUUAAGGCACUGGAUUUUAAGAUGAUGUUUUUGGAAAACUCAGUACAUAUGGGUUUCUGCAAUAUUUCAAGGACUUAGCCUCCCCUCCCCCAGGAAAUUAUUCUUAUGGAAGAAAUUGCUUUUGUAUGUAGAACCAGAACUUUUGUACUACAGUAAUGCUAUGCGUCUAACGGCCCUUCCCCUCCCCUGAAAGCUCAGCGCCGUUCCGUGACUUGCUCUCAUCACUAUUUGUUAAUUUCCACGGUUUAUUAAACCCUGGUAGACUGUUCAUUCUUUUUUGUAAAACAUCAAGCCCUUUUUUCUUGCUUUAUUUUUUAAUGUUUUAUUGCUUUAUGAAAAUGUUUAACCUGAAAACCCUCUAGAUUACCUGUACUGUAUAAAAGAAGCAAUUACCCUUAAAACUGUACUCUGGCCUACUUUUCUAUUUUACAAUUAAAUAUCUUUUCCACAUA